CGCGUUAGACGUCAUCACGCUCAGGUGAUAGCGACGGCAGCUCACUACAGGAAUGAAAACGGUCGUGUUUUCGUCUUGUUCCACUAAGUUAUGUUCACGGUCUCUUUUCAGUUUGUCAUCCACGUCGUAAGGAGCUCUGAGCUCAUCUCGCUUGUUGUUAGCCGUUGAAGCUAACGCUAACAUUAAAGUGGUCGCUCGGGCUCAGCCAUGCGGUGGAAAAGUUUCUGUGUCUUUGCGUUUCUGCUCAACACCGAACCUGUGAGAGCUUCUCAUGUCAUCACGGUGGACGUGGGGAGACCAGCAGGAGACCUGACACACUUCUGGAGGAGCACUGGUUUCUGUCCCCCCCUCCCUCACACACAGUCCCACCAGUUUGACCUGAGCACCGACCAGCAGCUGAACCUGGCCUAUGUGGGCUCGGUGCCCCACGGAGGGAUCCAGCAGGUCAGGAUUCACUGGAUGCUGGAGCUGGUCUCUGCACGAGACACUGGAGGACCAGUCCAGUAUGACUUCACAAAACUGGACCAGCUGAUAGAACUCUUGUGGAUUAAUGGACUCCGACCAGGUUUUGAACUGAUGGGCAGCGUCUCCAACUUCUUCACCAACUUUGAGGACAAAUCACAGGUGAUGGAGUGGAGGAAUCUGGUUUACCUCAUAGCCAAGCGGUACAUCGAUAAGUACGGCCUGAGAAGUGUUUCCCAGUGGAACUUUGAAACGUGGAACGAGCCCAACAACCGGGACUUUGAUAACGUCAGCAUGUCAGUCCAGGGGUUUCUUAACUACUACGACGCCUGUUCAGAGGGUCUGCGUGCUGCCAGCGGUCUCCUGAGGUUCGGGGGUCCCGGCGACUCGUGUCACAGCCCCCCACACUCGCCGUACUGCUGGGCCAUGCUGCAGCACUGCUACAACGGCACCAACUUCUUCACCGGGGAGACGGGGGUCAGGAUCGACUACAUCGCCCUGCACAAGAAGGGAGGAGGCCACUCCCUGCCCAUCCUGCAGCAGGAGAUCCAGACGGUGGGGGAGAUCCAGGAGCGUUUCCCUCGGUUCCGCGACCUCCCCGUGUACAACGAUGAGGCCGACCCGCUGGUGGGCUGGUCCAGGCCUCAGGAGUGGAGGGCAGACGUGACCUACGCUGCCAUGGUGGUGAAGGUAAUACAGCAGCACCAGGACCUGCUGCUGACCGACCCCAACAACACCAUCAACUACACCCUGCUGAGCAACGACAACGCCUUCCUCAGCUACCACCCGCACCCCUUCACCCAGCGCACGCUGACCGCCCGCUUCAAGGUCAACAACACCCAGCCGCCCCACGUGCAGCUCAUCAGGAAGCCUGUCCUCACGGUCCUGGGCCUGCUGGCUCUGCAAGGUGAGACUCAGGUCCAGGCUCAGGUGCUGAACUCCAGCAGCAGCACGGUGGGAGUCCUCGCCAGCAGCCAUAAGCCUGUAGACCCCGCCGGCUCAGACAGCUGGCAGGCAGCAGUGCUGCUCUACAACAGUGACGACAACAGCACCUCCGCCGGCGCUGACGACGUCGCCGUUUCACUGAAAGGACUCGCAGGACAAACGGGUCUCGUGUAUGUCACGUAUUACAUGGACAACAACGUGAGCAACCCGUACGAGCUGUGGCAGAGCCUGGGCAGCCCCGACUACCCCACGGCCUCGCAGUUCAGACGCCUCCGGAGUGUGCAGGACCCUCGUGUUGAUGGACCCUGGGAAGUUCCUGCCGGAGACACUCUGACUCUGAAAGUCAAACUGUCGUUGCCUUCCGUCCUCCUCGUCCACGUCUGCGCUCAGCCCAAAGCUGAGCCGGGACAGGUCAAUGGAUUACGUUUCAUCAGGAUCACCAAAGGCCAAGUCCUGAUCAUCUGGUCAGACCACUGUGUUGGCUCCAAAUGCGUUAAGACGUUUGAGGUGGAGUUCUCCUCAGACCACGAGCACUUCAGCAGAAUUAAUACUCGAGAUACCAUUUUUACGUCUUAUGUUUACUCACCUGAGGGGCAGCAGGUCAGCGGGCUGUACAGAGUGCGAGCUGUGGACUACUGGGGAAGGCCUGGUUCGUACUCGCUGCCGGAGAGGUACUCAGAGCAGCAGUAGGCAGGUGACACUUUUGGUGGGGUUUAGUGUUGGUCGUAGUCUCAAAGACUUUUUAUCUUUCCUCUGAGCUUUGAGUUCACUUUGAGAACCACCCAAAACAACAGAAACCUUCUCUGAAAGACUUUAUUUGAGGCACACUUUGAGUUUUUAGUUUGGCUCAUGUCCCAUCUGCUAACAUGGAGGGGGAGGAGCCUAUGAGCUGUACUGCAGCCAGCCACCAGGGGGCGUCCAGGUGUUUGGGCUUCACUUUGGUCUUCCCUCCUUAUGUGCCAUCAGUGUUACAGACAAACCUAAUGGGGGUUUACACUGUCGAGUGUUUUUAGGUUUGUUGUUUUUCUGUUUUUUAUAUGUUGUAUUUUUAUAUGAUUGUGUAAAAGUUGGACCACUGGACACAAAUACAGCAUCAAGUUUCUUUAUAAAAUUUAUUUUUCACCAAUACAGAACGAUUACAGCGUGCAGAUACACUUGAUUCAGUAAUCAUUUAAUCAACUUAACUGCAAAUAGUUUUUGUUGGUUUUGUCUUGGAAAUAAAUUUUCAUCUUGGUUGUUUUCA